GUUCUCCAGCUUUUCGGCCGCUGACUGGUGUUUUUACAUCCCCAUAUGUGCCCAGACCGCGAUGGGGAGAGGUAGUAGCUGGCCUGAUUCCUCUACCCAGCACCAGCCGCUUUCUCUCAUGCCAGGGGGCAGCGAGGCUUGGGCAAGCACAGGCUAGAAACAAAACCAAAAGCAACGUUUGUGUCCGGAAGCGGGGUAGCUCCGCCCACUCCGACUCACCAAGAACUGCCAGGCCAUCAGGUGGAAGUCCUGCUUGGAUCAAGAGACAGUUGUCAUGGACCCCACCAUAGAUGAUGACAUCUGUAUUUUGGCCCAUGAGAAAGAGGACUGCGUCUCAAAACAAGAGCAACCGGUUCCCUUUUCUUCGUCUUCUGAGGAGACAUCUGUUGCCUCGCAUUUUGCACUUGUUACGGCAUAUGAAGACAUUAAGAAACGCCUGAAGGACACUGAAAAGGAGAAUUAUUCCCUAAAGAAAAGAUUAAGGCAACUGGAAGAAAGGCUCUGUAGAAGCCAAGAAGAAGAACAAGGUGCAGUCGACUAUAAACAAGCAGAUAAAGGGUGGGUUGGAGGCAAACAAGUGAGCAAAGCUUACAGUGCCUACCGCGAGAUUUGCAUUGAGCGUGACAAACUGAGAAGCAAGCUGGACAUGGUGGAGAAGGAGAAACUUAAAUCUACUAAAGCUCUGAAUGACCAGCUGCAAUCCAAAGAAGUAGAGUUGCUACAAGUGAAAACGGAGCUGGAAACCCAUCAAGUGAUGAAAAGCUUAAGCAAAACUCCUAGUGACUGGGAGAUAGAAAAACUGAACAGCGAGUUGAAAAUGCGGUCGCUGGAGCAAGAAGUCAAAUUGCUCCAGGAAGAAUCCAGGAACCUUAAAGCAGAACUUCAAAGGACAAAGGAAGCAAAUCUGGAGAAAACUCUGACUACCUAUGGAUGCAGCCAAGGCAAUGAAACUGAAAGCGAGAGCAAUGCACAGCAAGCAUACUGGGAGCUGAAGAAGGAAAUGUCUAAUUUACAUGUAGUGACUGAAGUACAAGCCGAGGUGCUAAGAAAGCUGAAAGGAACCAUCGCAGCGACCAGGAAAGCUUCUGAAAGUGCACCUGUGCAGUGUCAAGAGGACUUGGUGAAAAACUGCAGUAAACUACAUUUAUCUGCUACUAACGUAAAUUCAGAAAAAGUGCCUUUGGUCUUACCAAACAAACAGAGGUUAAGCAGUGUCCCCACCAUGCUUUAUCCACCUGAAGACACGGACAUUCGGCAUGGAAAGACUGAUGGCGCACAAUGGGCCGAUGAAAGAUUGUUUGCGGUAGACGGAACAGACUGUGGAGACGACGAUUUUUUCCCAAAGUCAUCUCUCGAAGAGAACUCCUGGGUAAUACCUAGCCCCCCAAAGCCCAGUGAAACAUUGUUUUGGGAAUCUAAAGGCAAUUCCUCUACAGGGAAUGUAGCACAUUAUUAUAAUCACAACUAUUCCUUUAACAGCUAAGAAAAAUCACAAGUGAAUUAUCUAGACAAAAUAUUCAGGUGUAAAUUAUUGUCUGGUGACUACUUCAAAGAUAAAUACAAGAUAUUUCCCAUAAGAAUAUGGUAUUACAUCCCUGGUUUAUCAUAUAUA